AUAUCUCAUAGCUUAGCGGAGCCGCAGUAACAGUCACAGUGAACGGACUUUUCAAUUAUAUUUUUUUCUAUGUGGCAACACUGUAUAGUUUUUUUUCAUGCUAUAUUUUUCUUCUCUUCAUUUCUCUUUGAUUGUCAAAAUCUGACAAAAUGACGAAGGGAACUUCGAGCUUCGGUAAACGCCGAAAUAAGACUCACACCCUUUGCAGAAGGUGUGGCAGGUCUUCAUACCACAUCCAAAAGUCUAAAUGUGCUCAGUGUGGUUACCCUGCCGCUAAACUGCGUUCCUACCACUGGUCUGUGAAGGCUAAGCGCAGGAAGACCACUGGAACUGGCCGCAUGCGUCACCUGAAGAUCGUGAGGAGGCGUUUCCGCAACGGCUUCAAGGAAGGUCUUCCCACACCCAAGAAAGCUGUUGCCUCUUCGUAGACAUACUUUCUAAGUUAAAAUAAACAUCUAAAAGCCA